GGAGUGAUUUUCUUUUUGGAAGGGUUUGUCAAGUGUCAAGUAAGACUAUUUCGUGUUGAUCUGAACCACUUGAUUUGUUUAAAAAAAUUAUAGAAUUGCCCACUUCCCUGUUAGGGAGACUCUUUGGUGUAUCACCCAUCAGACGACUUUGUGAAUUACUAGGAGUAUUAUUAAAAGAAAAUUUGAGAAUUUUAUAUUUGUAGCAAGUGGUAGACGUGGGUAUGUGUUACACUAAAUUAGGCUUUGAGAUUUUUCAUUUUUGGUUUAACUAUAUGGUAUUUGAUAUCUACUGAUCCCAUUAAUCCAAAUUUGUGUUCGAUUGGUUUGCUAAAAGGGUAAAGUGUUCUCUACCACGAAGUUCUCCAUUCCGAGAGCUCUAAUUGAAAGUAAAGAAAUUCCAAACAUCUCAGCACACUCCUCUCGUUGGUUCGAGAGAAUUGCUAAAACUAAAUCAGGUAGUGCAUCCCAUGUCAUAAAAUAUAGUAAUAAGUAUACUCUGAGUGAGAGUGAAAGAGAGAACGUGGGAAUCAUAACUUCAAGGUUUGGCAGGCAUGGCAUCCACAUUCUAACUCAACCCCAUGUCGUAUUUCUCCCUUAAAUACCUCCCAUUUCUGGAACUUGCUGCUCACCUCUCUUCAGGUUUAAUUAACCCCCAGCUUCACAUCAAGCUCAAAUAUGCCUCCCUUUAUGGAUUCUCAAGACUCAAAUAAUGAAGCUUUCAUUGAAGUAACUGACCUCAGUACUGGCCCCUCUAUGAAGCUACUCAAGAAGCAGAGCCUGGGCAGUGAGAAGCAGAUUUCAGUGGAUCCAAUCUCCCUGAAAGAAUCAAAUGAACUUGCCAUCCCCUAUCCAAAAUCCCCACCUCUCGCCAUUCCUGAUGACAAGUUCUUGAGCUUCAGCCUUCCCAACUCAACCACCUCAUCUCCAGAUUUUUCCAAGAAAAAGUACCGCAAGAACCAGAUUAAUCAACUACCCUCUCCUCUGUCAUCAACCAAUCAUCUGGCUCGUCAGCAUUCCGUGGCUCUCACUAACCUGGAACAGUUAAGGGAAAUCCACUUACGGAGGAGCAAGUCGUGUGGUGAAGGCAGAGCUAGCGCCCCACCUGAAGAAUUCGAUAUUUGGUUCACCCCCAAUAGUACCCUUAAACAUGUACCAGCAGCUGAGGACAGCAAUAAAUUCAAUCAAAGUAACUUAUUUGACGAACCGGAAACUAGCAGCAGAAAUGGUGAAAUUUAUAACAACAAAAUGUUGGAGGGUCAAAAUCAGGACGAGGAAAAGUUCAAAUGCGGAGCAUUGUGUUUGUUCAUUCCGGGUUUUGGAAAGGGGAUCAAACAUGUAAGAUCAGGGCGAAGGCAAGUAAGCGGAGUAUCAUCGACAGAUAUAGGACCACAUGUAGUUUCAAGGACAGUGUCAUUGGAGAAAUUCGAAUGCGGGUCAUGGACAUCAUCGGCAGCUAUUUUCAACGAUGUAGGAGAUGGCGCCUCCAACAACAUGUUUUUCGAUCUGCCAUUGGAGCUCAUCCGAUGCAGUAAUGUGAAUGACGACACGUUUUCCCCUGUAACGACAGGGUUUGUUUUCGAUAAGGAAGUUAAAGGUGUCCUUAAGAACACAACAACAACAGAUUCCAGGAAAUCACAUGAAUCGACACGCCAUGUUCGGUUUUCUACGUCGUCCCCAACAUCGUACCCGACAUCACCUACGUCCUGUAUAACACCAACACUGCUCAAGGCUAGAGAAGAUUUCACUACCUUCCUUGAAGCUCAGAGUGCAUGACAGUACGUAUCAAGAGGUCCCUCAUCUGCUAUGUAUAACAUAAAGAUUUUUUUUUUUUUUUAACUUUGUAGAUACAGCGUGAAUUUAUGCCGGUUUAGAUGAACCCCUUCCGCCCCUCUAUGAUAAUCCCCUAUACUUUAAUAUAGCUCCUCUUUUUUUUUCUUUUUUUUUCUUUUUCUGUUUCAACACUUAUUCUGUUCCUUCCAUGAGAUGAAACGGAAGCAACAAUAAGUGUGAAACCUUUGUUCAUGUGGAUCUUGAUAUAGUUUGAACGAGAGCUCAUGAGUGAUUCCAAAUGUAA